AAGAUGGCGGUAGUUCGGGCGGGUCUUGGGGGUCCGCGGUUUUCCGGGCUGCUGCUUUACGGGGAAAGUCGCCGGGGGCCAGGCCUAGUGAAAAGAGCGGUUACUGAGCUGAGGAGAGGUUUCUGUUCCUGGGAUAUAGACCCAUUGCUCUGCAACCUGGAUGAGCAGCUGAAACUGUUUGUGUCCAGGCAUUCUUCCAAUUUUUCAUGUGAUUUGACAGGACAUAGAAGUCUGCACCAUACAGGGGAAGAUUUAGAGACCCUUGUUUUAAUCAACCCAUCUAAGAAGUUUGUCUGUGAUGAGAUUCGCAACUUAAUAUGUCACACCUCACAGCACAAAUUGUUAAUUUUUACUGGCCCUUUCCUGGAGGGAAAUGGAGAGAUGCUUUUAGCGGAGGGGGGCAGCUUUUCAAUGACUGAUUUUAUACAAAUCUUCACUGAUAAGGAGAUUGGAGAAAAGUUGAGCUCUUCUGAUCCUUCUGCUCGUGCUAGCCUGACUGUUAUCUGUCCCCAAGACUGGGACUUGCUUGAGCUGGAAAAGUGCAGCCUCCAGGAAUUUAUUGAAUUGAAAUUUAACCCACCCUUGCUAUUGCCAGAGACUGAGGGGCUACAGGAGUUGUCUGAGUACUUAUCAGAGUCCUUGGAAGUUCCAUCCCCUUUUGAGUUGCUGGAGCCCCCCUCAACAGUUGGUUUCCUGAAAUUGUUUAAACCAUGCUGCUAUAUCUUUCCUGGAGGAAAGGGAGACUCUACCUUCUUUGCUGUCAAUGGGUUCAACAUGUUGGUGAAUGGUGGCUCAGACACAAGGUCUCCAUUUUGGAAGUUGUUGCGUCGUCUGGAUAGAGUAGAUUCUCUCCUUCUCACACACAUGGAUUCAGAUAGCCUCCCUGGGAUCAAUAGCCUGCUGCUAAGGAAGAUAGCCGAAGUUGAAGAAGACCCUUCUCAAGGACCACAACCAAAUGAAGAGUGGCUAAAGAACCUUGUAUCUCCAGAGGUUGGAGUAGUGUUUCUAAACACUGCAGAAAAACUAACUCAUACAAAUGAAGAACCAAGUAUGGUGAAGGGCAGUGAUGAGGCCAUAUUGGCCCUUCGCUGUUUGGUGAAGUUGGGAAUCCAACCAAAGCCAUUAUAUAGAUGCAUCACUCCUGUAGUUGAACCAAUCAUCCUUUUUCAGAAAAUGGGUGUUGGACGGUUAGAGAUGUAUGUUCUCAAUCCAGUCAAAGGUAGCAAGGAGCUAGAUAUGUUUACUAAGCAAUGGACUGGAAAUGAAAACCUGAAGAGUACAGGUUUACCUCUGACAUGUUUGACCUCUAUUUGUGCCUUGCUUGUUUGGCAUCCAGCUUCCCCUCUUGAAAAGAUUGUACGAGUGCUGUUCCCAGGCAGUUCACCCCAGAAUAAGAUUCUUGAGGGCUUUGAAAAAUUAAGACAAUUGGAGUUUUUAAAGCAUCCUGUUGUCACUCAUAAAGAUCUUGAGUUGAUAGGAAGAAGUAUUGCAGACAAAAGUGCCAAACCAAAGAGAACAGAGAGUAAGGAGAGCCUAAAAUCUGGUUCAGGUCGAUUGAGUGCUGAAUCCAAAUGUGUAACCACUAAAGACAAGAUGGGUAAAAUGGAGGGAAAAGAGCCUAAAUCUGCAGGGAAAGUAAUAAAGGACUCUGGAUUAGAGGGUGAUAAAUUUAAGGAAGCAAAGACUAAGGCAGGUGUUCCAUCUGAGAAAUCAAAGUUUGAAUCUAAGCCCAAGCCGUUGAUUAAAGAGAAGGUAGCCAUCAAGAAGGAUCAGAUAAAGGAGGAAAAGAAGCCUGCAUUAAAGAGAGAGGAGAGCCAGACAGAUGGUAAGCGUGACCUAAUAAAAUCAGAAAUGAAGAAGGAUCUUCGGUUAUCUAUUAAAAAGGAAGGCAAAGCUGAAACUCCAAGGAAGGAUGGGAAGGAAGAUCAAAAGAAAGAGACCAAAAAAGAAGUUGAAAAGCCAGCCAGAUUAGAGGGAAAGGACCUUAGAAAAACCACAAGCACACCCGUUGAUGCUAAAAGAUCUGUGACCAAAGUGGGGUCCUUGAAAAAGGACUUGAGUGGAAUAAAAAAGGAUCAACUUUCAAAAAUAUCUGAGAAGCCAAAAUCAAAGCCUCCCAAAAAGGAAGUUGUGGAGGCACUGGUACAAACAGGCAAGGAUGUGCCGUUGGAUGACCAUUUAAAUUCAUGCUCUCCCGUUGAUGGUGUUCAAGAGAAUUGUAAAGGCAAGGAUGAAACUGCAGUUGAUAACACAGGUGUUGACCAUUCACGCCCUCACAAUGGGCAGAUGUGCACAGAGAUUAUAUGUCCAACUGAGCCAGAGAGCCCCAAUGGUUUUCGCUACCUUGAAACCAGUCCCCAUAAAAUGCUGGAAUCUGUGUCUCCUCUGGAGAAGACUCCCAGGAGUGACCAGAGUGUAAAUUUUAAUUUGACACCAACAGGCCUGGAGUUGCAAACCAAGUUAAGAAGUGGGCUACAUACACAUGAUGUGCUUGAUGAUCCCUGUGGGAGCUCAGAGGAAAAGACAUUAGAGAUGGUAUCUCCAGCAAGUUCAGGCCAUCACUCCCCUGUUUUAAUAGAUCAGAGUAGUGGGCACUCCCAUCAGCCAGGAGAUGGCAGAAGUUUGAAUUCGUCCUCUUGGAGGCUACCUCCGAAAUCCUCUCAGGAGAACUCGAACUCUUCUCAGGGAAGACAAACUAGCUGUUUAUCUCUGAGUCCAUUCCGAGAGGAUCUCCCAGAUGUGUCUCCAACAAUCACAACUCCAUCUCUUCCUGCUGAGGUGGGCUCCCCCCAUUCUACUGAAGUUGAUGAAUCCCUCUCUAUCUCUUCAUUUGAACAGACUCUUCCUCCAGUUAGUGAAUCUCCAAGAGAUGGCUCAUCAGAGUCUUCAGCUCCAAGCAGAGGAGGACUGACUCUGCCUGUGUGUCCUUCACACUCCAUAGACCCAAUAUCCCAAUCUGAGCGCUCUGCAUCACCCCAUGAUGUUGACCUCUGUUUGGUUUCUCCAUGUGAAUUUGAGCACCCCCGAUCUGAAGCUAUGUUGAGCCCCAGGGACAGUGAUAGUAACCCUUCGCAGGAGCUGGCCAAACCUCAAACAGGUAGUGAUAUUCCUAAUGGACCUGAAACUCCCCCUACCUCUGUUAGUGAGUCUCUGCCUACUAUAUCUGACUCUGGCCCUGAAGAAUGCCCAUCAAUUGCUGCAGAAGGAGAAUUAGAAUUUGAUGCAGAAUGCACUACAAAAUUGCUAGACCCCAUUCCUCCCCCUUUAUGUGAUUCCCAUCCUCUACCACCCCAGCCUGGCACAUGCAUGGUUGAUCCCGAAGCUCUUUCUGCUACUCGAGUAGAGCCCAAGCAGCUGGGCCAUAUGUCUUCUGCUUCCAGCUUGCGUAAUGAAGGAUUAAAAACGCAAGGCACUGAUAAAAAGGACAGAGUAGCUUUAAACAGAAUAGGCAAGGGUGGCAGUACUAAGACUGAUUUGAAUGAUAGGGGAUCUCGGGUCGGGCAAGAAUCCAGAGGAUCUGUUGGAAGACGCAGUAUUGGGAGCUCUGUGAAAUCUGCAAGCCGAAUCUCUUCUUUCUCUACUAAUAGGUCACCGCAUAGCAUAUCGCCUGCACCACCACCACAACACCCCAUAUAUGUAGACCUUGCCUACGUGCCUGGGGGCCCUGGUGCUUUUACUGUAGACGAGGAGUUCUUCAGAUGGGUUAGAUCUUCAUUUUACGUCUUAAGUGGGAACAACACUGCCAAAGAGAUGGUUACUAAUAGAAUCUUGGAUGCUUUGUUGUCUGGGAAAAGCCACUGGCCUCAGGAGGUUCAGGUGACCCUUAUUCCAACAUUUGAAUCAUCAGUGGUCCAAGAGUGGUAUACGAAGACGCAUGCUCAGCAGCAAUCCUUAGGUAUUAGUGUCAUGGCCAGUACCAGCAGUGUGGCUAUGCAAGAAGAAACAUUUCCUGCCUGCAAAGUGGAGUUCUAAACUUCCUAAUUCCUCGUUCUGCUUCCUGUGUAUAUGUAGCACCUUUUUUGUUUUUGGAAUUUCUGGGUAACAGUGAGAGCUUUUAAUGUUUUAUCAUGUCACAGAAAUCCAUUCAUGGACAUUUGAUAACAGCAGUGCUACAAACAUCAAGCAGAAGAUACAUAUGUGUAUAUCUCACGGUAGAGUAUCCCUGUCAUCCGUUAAUAUCCCUAAGCCAUUUUACAAUUAUGGACAGUUUUCCAUGGCUAAGGAUGAUAUUCAUUGUUGCACAAGUACUGAACCCCACUGUCUUGCCUGGAAAUCCAUCUGUGGACUUAAAUGGAUUUCUCUAGCAUUGCGUGUUAGCACUGUUAAUCUUGUUACUGUACACUCCACUAUCUAAUAUUUACACUUUUUGUAAUGUUGUGUUGCACAUAAAACACUGCAGUCAUGUAAGCCUGAAAAUGCAGUCAUUUAAAGCUUUAUUUUAAAAUGGAAGCUAAUCGUUUUAAAGGAGUCUUAGUUCUACAGGAGAUUAUGUAUAUUUAUUUUUUUUAAUGGUUCUACAGUGAGAGUUAGUCCCACUAGUUGUAUCAUGGCAAUCUGUCCUUUUUAAUUAUUUAAAAAGUACAAUAAAUAAAUACAGGAUUAUCACUAAACAAUGAAGUUUAAGUGGUUGCUGUGCUUACCAGUAACAGUGGGUAAUGUUAUGUAAUGUCUGCACUAGUGUAGAUUUAAGACUGCUUUGCAAAUGGUUUUAUAUUUUAGCACUUGGCCUUGGGAAGUCUUGGUGAUGGCCCAUACCCAAAUGUUAAGAAAGUUGAAGUAAUUUUGCAGAAGAAAUCUACAUGUGUACUUGCAGUUGUGUUCAGACAUUUCAGGCUUAUUUUGUAUUGACUGUUUAGCAAUUUAGAGCCAGGCAUGUUUCGAGAGUUUUACCACAAUUUCUUUGUCCCAAAAUGGGAUUGUAUUUAGCCAUUUUUUUUCCAGACCAACUCAUGUUCUUCUGAAACCUGGACUUGUUGUUCAUCUAUGUGCUGGGUUAUAGCUCAUAUUAAACUUAUUAGUUUCUUAUAAAGCAAGAAACGUAUACUUGACUUCUCAGCAGGUCUCAACGUUGAGAAUGUGCUCAAUUUAGUUAAACCUGCUAGUAUAUACAUGCAAAAUUCUAUAGAAAUUAUGAUCUGGUUCCAGUACAAAAAAUGUCAGGUUUUGUUUUCCUCUAAGAAAACUGUAAGCUACUUUUGAAAGUCACAUAAAUAUUUUACAAGACAUUUCUUUAAGAAACCUGAUUCCACGAAGUCUCACUAGCUUUAUUAAAUGGCUCUAAACUUUAGCCUGAAAUACUUUUAGUACUGUUUGACACCUAUCAUGUAAACACUAACUGAUUUGUGCUUCUCUGUAUAAUAUGUUAUUUGAAGUCUGUUAUUUAAAUAUAUAUAUAUAUAUAUGUAUAUAUGUAUGUAUAUAUGUAUGUAUAUAUGUAUAUAUAUAUAUAUAUAUAUAUAUAUAUAUAUAUAUAUAUAUAUAUAUAUAUAUAUACAUAUACACACACAUUUUUUUUUAGUUGGUAUUAUGAAGGAUUACUUUCUUCCAAUACCCCUUUCUCUUACCUGAAGACUGUGGGAUUAGAAGCAUUUUUUUUGGCACUCCCAGCACCAUAAUGCUUAAAUGUGCCAGUGAGCCCUUAAGUAAACGGGGCUUUUAACACUUUUUCUGUGAGAUUUGGAAGCACUUCAUUCCGAAGCAAUAUGUUGUCGUCAGCUUUGAAAAAAGCUUCAUCACAUUAGUUCUGAACUGCAAAGUCAACAAUGCUUAAAAUAAUCCGUUUGUUUUUCACAUGGAUUGGAGUAGAUAAAUAAAACCUAUGAUGAAAACAA